AUGGAAAUUGACUUCUGGUGUAUGGAUGUCAUUGGUCCUAUCAAACCAGUCUCAUCAAAUGGACAUAUGUUCAUUUUGGUAGCAAUUGAUUACUUCACAAAAUGGGUAGAAGCAUUUUUAUACAAGUCUGUGACAAAGAAGGUACUGUCAGAUUUUAUCCACAAUAAUAGAAUUUAUAGACUUGGAAUCCCUGAUUCAAUUAUAACAACUAAUAAAGCUAAUCUUAAUUGCGGCUUGAUGCAUGAGAUAUGUGAGAAGUUUAAAAUUAUUCACUACAAUUCCACUCCAUAUCGGCCUCAAAUGAAUAGAGCAGUUGAGGAAGCCAACAAGAAUAUUGAAAGCAUAUCGCAAAAGAUGAUUGAUAAUUACAAGCAUUGGCAUGAGAAUUUUCCAUUUUCCCUCCUUGGAUAUCGCACCACAAUUAGGCCUUUGACUGGGGCAACACCUUAUCUUUUGGUUUAUGGAAUAGAAACAGUAUUGCCAAUGAAAGUUGAGAUACCAUCUUUAAGGAUAAUCCAAGAAGCAGAGUUGAGUGCCAAAUGGAAACAAAGCCUAUAUGAAUAG